UCUCAACCGCCAAGUGACGAAAUAACCAGCAGUCGCCCAUCCCUUCAAAAUGGCUCCCAAGAAGACCACCACCCGCGCUCCCCAGGAGAACAUCUCCCUCGGACCCUCCGUUCGCGAUGGCGAGCUGGUCUUCGGCGUUGCCCGUAUCUUCGCCUCCUUCAACGAUACCUUCGUCCACGUCACCGAUCUGAGUGGCCGUGAGACCAUCACCCGUGUUACUGGUGGUAUGAAGGUCAAGGCCGAUCGUGACGAGUCCUCCCCCUACGCUGCCAUGUUGGCUGCCCAGGACGUCGCUGCCCGCUGCAAGGAGCUUGGCAUCAACGCUCUUCACAUCAAGAUCCGUGCCACUGGUGGUAACGGUACCAAGACCCCCGGUCCCGGUGCCCAGUCCGCUCUCCGUGCCCUCGCCCGUGCUGGCAUGAAGAUCGGCCGAAUUGAGGACGUUACCCCUACUCCCUCCGACUCUACCCGCAGAAAGGGUGGUCGCCGUGGUCGUCGUCUCUAAGCUGCUCGCACAUGGGUGGCUUGGAUCGGACAGGAGAUUCGCUAUCUGGUUUCUCUGUGGCGUUGAGAAUCACGAGGAGAACGGCUUUUUCGCCUGGUCUCCAGUCUACACUGCAGAGCCUGGUCAGGUUAUGGGUUAGGACGCAGUAGACAGUUAUGAAUUCGCCCGAAGAAGGCCUAUGAAUCAUCCUGCUUGUUAGAUUUGUUCCAUGAUGUGAUACUUUGCAACUGUACGGUUGACGGCAUAUGAUGUAGUGAGAUAAAAGCAAUUGUAUACAUUUAUAAGCCGCUAUGUCUA